AUGUACGCAGUUCACGGUCGGUGAUCCUGGAAACAUUUUAAUACCAACUGCAUGCAAGCUGAAAUGCGGAUCAUGUGAUUUCGACAGCAUUGCUUUUCUGUACGCUGCUUGCUAUUAGUUCCCUCCCUGUCAUUACAUUUUGGAGACGCUUAUGUCAGCAAUAACUGGUACACCUAUUUAUUGUAUAAGUGGACAAUGAAAAACAGGCCUAUAAUUGCUUAUAUAUGCUUGAUUAUAUUGUCCAAAGUAUAAAUUAAUUGAACAUACAUAAAUAAUGACACUACAUUUAACAUUAUAUUUAUUGUUACCUAGCUGAACCUCAAUGAUGCAACAUGGGGCAACAUUAAGAAUCUGCCUAUAGAAAAAUAUGUAUCUGGGUCACAACUCUCAAUUCAACAGUAUACACUUAUGUGGUUCACUGCUUCAUAAACCCUGACUGGAUCUAGAAUGAUGACGGGGGAAGCGAUAAGCAUAGGAUAAGAACAACGUCAAACGUUAUUCUAUCAAUCUAUCAAAACAAACAAAGCCUUCCCUUAUUUGUAUUAGUGAUCUUUGGCUGUCUCAACCUAGAAAAACUGUUUCAUGUGGAGAUGCCAUAUCUCUACAAAUGACAGCUCAAUAUGACUUAUCUAUCUACGUAUGUCAGUUCAUUUGUAUACUAAAAUCAGAAUCAGACUCUGUGGUAAACUAUGGUAUUCAUUCGUCCUCUACUCUGUCUCUGACUAUUUUCUACCUUUCUCAGCUUGUUUAUCAUGGUCAGUUCUUUGUCUCUCUGUUAUCUCACCAAGGGCCUUGAACCAGCGUUGGGACAAAAUACCCCCACUAGGGGGUAGCAGUGUCUCAAAGAAACAGUGCGUACAUGAGCAGCAACAUUUCUGGCACAAUCAAAGCUUCUACAACAGAAAACAUCAACUUUGAAAAAGGGAAAGCUGCAACAUACACUUGUAUUUUAUUGAAUUUCAUAUAUAGCAAAUUAUUAUGGUUUCAUUGACAUAAUGUAUUUACAAGGACAUUGCACAUCAUCUUCACUAAAAACUGAACAAGUGCUUGAGUUGGCCAUCAGUAGAUAACAUUUCUCUGGAGCCCAGAGAGAAAAAUACUUCUGCCAUCAGUCCAGACUCCCUAUGAUUACAAGUAUACAAAGAUAUGAGAUCAGGACACAGAGUGAUGCACACUAACAAGUCAUACAGGCCAGUCAAUUGUUGGCCCACACGAUCAGUCCAUCACAAUAGCAGCAUUCAUAGAAGGGUCUCAAGUUAUAACCAACCGCUGUCAUUGAAAAAACAAAACAGUCUCAUGGCUACAUCAUAUUCAUGUCUGUGAUAGUUUACAAACUGUCAAUUGUAUUCAUUGGAGAUACAUUGUUUUUCAAUAUGUGGGAUCUCUAGGGCUCAGACAGAGAAACUCUAUUAGUCACUUGGUGUUGGUAAAGAUGACCACUUGGCCCUCGCUGAUCCCGCUGUGUUGAGCACAGUCCCAGUGGGCUUGUGGAGUAGAAUGAAGUUAGGAUUUGGGGGGGCAGGAUGAUCCUAGACCUGUCCCUAAGAACCACUACAACAGGACCAAACCCCUAGCGGCGGACCACGUGGAUCCUAUCCGUUACACGCUGCAGGGCCACUCUCUCCCACAGCUGACACUUCAUCCCCAAUGGGACAGGACACACCGGCACCCCCACCCUCCUUCUCCUAGUCCUCUUCCUCCUGACGAUGACGAUGAUGACUGCCACCAGCACAGCUAGCGUGAUGAGGAGACAUGAAGCAAAGAACAGUAGUGGUUUGUUCUCUGAGAUGUGAGCGCAGAUGGAACACACCGUCCUGUGGUUGCUGUCCCUACAGGAAGAUGUGACGUUGUUGCCAGGGAAACCGCUGCGGUCAAUGAUCUCUCGGUAGGUUGUGAUGGAGGCUUUGGGUUGGGACUGGUGCUGGAAAGAGGUGAUGAGGCCGAACUGAGGGGCGUGUCGAUCCUGCAGCUUCCAGAUGUAGAAGCCCUUUAGGUUGACUCCAUCCAACUGACGAGCUGGAGGGGAGAGAAGACAGGGAGAAGUGGGAGGUCAGAAUCACAAUUUAUACAUACAGAAAAGCAAUUUUAAGCAAUAACAACAGAGAGAAGCUGCAACCUGUGUGGGGGGCCAUAAACCAACUGAAGCUUUAUUGUGGCUACAGUACUGCACAGGAUGUUUAUCUCAGUACAAACAGGACAGUUCUCACUGGGAUUCACUUUAUGAUCUCAAAGGUUUCUCAUACAGUAAAGUCCAUGAGUUUUAUGAGGGGGCUCGUGAUGUUAAGGCCGUGCUGUGGUGUGUUAGGAAAUUAUCUGGAAGACCCGUCACCUUCGACCUCUCAUACUAAAAGCUGCUAAUGUGUGCCCUACACUACCUGUCUGCAGAAGAAACUGCAGAGAGGAGGUUGGUUUAUUUAGGAACAUUUGGAACUAUAGAAAUAAGCAUAGAACCUCUAGGAUAUUUAUGAUAAGAGCAAUCUAGUGGUUUAGCGUUGGACUGGGGUUGGGGGGGGGGGGGGGUUUAACAGGAGUUUGAAUGGGUUAGGGAGAGCCUCACCUCUGAGGGCCUCCUCCAGGUAGCUCUUGAUGUAGUGCUGCCUGAGAAGAUCCUUUAGUGGGGCCUGAUCGUCAACCCCGCUGGCUGUGACUACAACCGGCAGACCCCCUCCAUACCGCUCCUUCACCCAGUGCAGCACCCUCCGGAGGCCCCAGGGGACCACCGCCUGCCCCAGGCCAGAGGAGGCCCAGGUGGGGUCAGACAUCAGCAGGCAGUCAUGGUCUGGAGGUUGAGGUUGCUGGGGUUUAGGUGGGGCAGUCUGAGGAGAAUAGGGGCGUGGUGACACGAGACGCGUGGUGAAGUGGUUCAGUGCGAUGAAGCCCAGCGCCCCUCGUAGCUCUUCUCUUUCCCGGUCGGUGAAGUGCGGUAGUGGGGAUCCAGGGAGGCCCAUCACCCUCGCCCUCUCCUCCAAGUAUCUCCUCACCUCUGGAGGGUACAUGCCACUCUUGCCCUCCCCCUCUCUGCCCCCUAGUAGUGGGUCUAGGAAACGACCCAGCUCAAACAACAGGAAUCUCUGAGUGGCGGUUGCAUGUGACUCCAGGAAGGGAUUGGCGGGUUCUGCCCAGUCUGCGUGCAGGGCCAGGGACACCAGUCCUCCCUGUUGGCUGAGAUACUCCCUCUCAUAGAGCCUCCAGACCUUAGCGUGGGCCAGGAGGAGGUUAUGGGCUGCCAGAUGCUGCUCCUCUCCGCUCUUGUAGGCAUCCACCAGUCUGUUGGGCUCAUUGAUGGUGAUCCAGUAGCUGACCCAGGGCCCCAGCUCCCUGUAGCAGAGGGCUGCAUAGCUCUUAGUCUAAAUUCAGUGUACUUGUCUUUAACUGCCAUUUCCCGAAAGUCAAUCUUCCCACAUGCCAACUAAUUUUCCUCAGCUUCAGAAGUAUCUAUAUUCACCGAAUGUUGUGUGGUUAUCCUUGGAUAUAUUCUCGAGACUUGCCCAGAGUGAAUUGUUGAUAUGUUGUAAAUGUUUUAUUCUAGAUGGCAUUUUCUUAAGAAAAAUUUGCCAAAAAUGCAUUUUAGGUACAUGUCUUUAGUAUUUUACAGAUAGAAAGAUGAGAAAAAAGUAUUUAUCCACAAUCUGCUCUGAGUAAAUCCGGUCCUGGAGUGUCUUAACAAAAUGAAAUCAAAAUAUUUAGACUGACUUAAUCCGAUGCCCUGAAAAAUGGAUUUGAACGAUAUGCAAAUAUGUGCAUAUUUAAUUACAUUUUUACAUUUUAGUCAUUUAGCAGACGCUCUUAUCCAGAGCGACUUACAGGAGCAAUUAGGGUUAAGUGCCUUGCUCAAGGGCACAUUUACGUCAUUUAGCAGACGCUCUUAUCCAGAGCAACUACAAAUUGGUGCAUUCACCCUAUAGCCAGUGGGAUAACCACUUUACAAUUAUACUAUUUUUUUUUUUUUUGGGGGGGGGGGGGGGGGGGGGGGGGGGGGUAGAAGGAUUACUUUAUCCUAUCCCAGGUGUUCCAUAAAGAGGUGGGGUUUCAAAUGUCUCCGGAAGGUGGUGAGUGACUCCGCUGUCCUGGCGUCGUGAGGGAGCUUGUUCCACCAUUGGGGUGCCAGAGCAGCGAACAGCUUUGACUGGGCUGAGCGGGAACUAUGCUUCCGCAGAGGAAGGGGAGCCAGCAGGCCAGAGGUGGAUGAACGCAAUGCCCUCGCCUGGGUGUAGGGACUGAUCAGAGCCUGAAGGUACGGAGGUGCCGUUCCCCUCACUGCUCCAUAGGCAAGCACCAUGGUCUUGUAACGGAUGUGAGCUUCAACUGGAAGCCAGUGGAGUGUGCGGAGGAGGGGGGUGAUGUGAGAGAACUUGGGAAGGUUGAACACCAGACGGGCUGCGGCAUUCUGGAUGAGUUGUAGGGGUUUAAUGGCACAGGCAGGGAGCCCAGCCAACAGCGAGUUGCAGUAAUCCAGACGGGAGAUGACAAGUGCCUGGAUUAGGACCUGUGCCGCUUCCUGUGUAAGGCAGGGUCGUACUCUCCGAAUGUUGUAGAGCAUGAACCUUUAGGAUCGGGUCACCGCCUUGAUGUUGGCGGAGAACGACAGGGUGUUGUCCAGGGUCACGCCAAGGCUCUUCGCACUCUGGGAGGAGGACACAACAGAGUUGUCAACCGUGAUGGCGAGAUCAUGGAACGGGCAGUCCUUCCCCGGGAGGAAGAGCAGCUCCGUCUUGCCAGGGUUCAGCUUGAGGUGGUGAUCCGUCAUCCAUACUGAUAUGUCGGCCAGACAUGCAGAGAUGCGAUUCACCACCUGGUUAUCAGAAGGGGGAAAGGAGAAGAUUAGUUGUGUAUCGUCAGCGUAGCAAUGAUAGGAGAGGCCAUGUGAGGAUAUGACAGAGCCAAGUGACUUGGUGUAUAGGGAGAAAAGGAGAGGGCCUAGAACUGAGCCCUGGGGGACACCAGUGGUGAGAGCACGUGGUGCGGAGACAGCUUCUCGCCACGCCACUUGGUAGGAGCGACCGGUCAGGUAGGACGCAAUCCAGGAGUGAGCCGCGCCGGAGAUGCCCAGCUCGGAGAGGGUGGAGAGGAGGAUCUGAUGGUUCACUGUAUCAAAGGCAGCAGACAGGUCUAGAAGGACAAGAGCAGAGGAGAGAGAGUUAGCUUUAGCAGUGCGGAGAGCCUCCGUGACACAGAGAAGAGCAGUCUCAGUUGAAUGACCAGUCCUGAAACCUGACUGGUUUGGAUCAAGAAGGUCAUUCUGAGAGAGAUAGCAAGAGAGUUGGCUAAAGACGGCACGCUCAAUAGUUUUGGAAAGAAAAGGAAGAAGGGAUACUGGUCUGUAGUUGUUGACAUCAGUGGGAUCGAGUGUUGGUUUUUUGAGAAGGGGUGCAACUCUCGCUCUCUUGAAGACGGAAGGGACAUGGCCAGCGGUCAAGGAUGAGUUGAUCAGCGAGGUGAGGUAGGGGAGAAGGUCACCGGAGAUGGUCUGGAGAAGAGAGGAGGGGAUGGGGUCAAGCGGGCAGGUUGUUGGGCGGCCUGCAGUCACUAGUCGCAAGAUUUUAUCUGGAGAGAGAGGGGAGAAAGAAGUCAAAGCAUAGGGUAGGGCAGUGUGAGCAGGACCAGCAGUGUCAUUAGACUUAACAAACGAGGAUCGGAUGUCGUCAACCUUCUUUUCAAAGUGGUUGACAAAGUCAUCCACAGAGAGGGAGGAGGGGGGGGGGGGGGGGGAUUCAGCAGUGAGGAGAAUGUGGCAAAGAGCUUCCUAGGGUUAGAGGCAGAUGCUUGGAAUUUAGAGUGGUAGAAAGUGGCCUUAGCAGCAGAAACAGAUGAAGAAAAUGUAGAGAGGAGGGAGUGAAAAGAUGCCAGGUCGGCAGGGAGUUUAGUUUUCUUCCAUUUCCGCUCAGCUGCCCGGAGCUCUGUUCUGUGAGCUCGCAAUGAGUCAUCAAGCCACAGAGCUGGAGGGGAGGACCGAGCCGGCCGGGAGGAUAGGGGACACAGGGAGUCAAAGGAUGCAGAAAGGGAGGAGAGGAGGGUUGAGGAGGCAGAAUCAGGAGAUUGGAGGGAGAAGGAUUGAGCAGAGGGAAGAGACAUAUCAGAGACAUAGGGAAGAGGGAAGAGACACAUCAGAGACAUAUCACCUCAUUUUGUGUUUUUUAUUUUAAGCUUCUACAACAGAAAACAUCAACUUUGAAAAAGGGAAAGCUGCAACAUACACUUGUAUUUUAUUGAAUUUCAUAUAUAGCAAAUUAUUAUGGUUUCAUUGACAGAAUGUAUUUACAAGGACAUUGCACAUCAUCUUCACUAAAAAACUGAACAAGUGCUUGAGUUGGCCAUCAGUAGAUAACAUUUCUCUGGAGCCCAGAGAGAAAAAUACUUCUGCCAUCAGUCCAGACUCCCUAUGAUUACAAGUAUACAAAGAUAUGAGAUCAGGACACAGAGUGAUGCACACUAACAAGUCAUACAGGCCAGUCAAUUGUUGGCCCACACGAUCAGUCCAUCACAAUAGCAGCAUUCAUAGAAGGGUCUCAAAUUAUAACCAACCGCUGUCAUUGAAAAAACAAAACAGUCUCAUGGCUACAUCAUAUUCAUGUCUGUGAUAGUUUACAAACUGUCAAUUGUAUUCAUUGGAGAUACAUUGUUUUUCAAUAUGUGGGAUCUCUAGGGCUCAGACAGAGAAACUCUAUUAGUCACUUGGUGUUGGUAAAGAUGACCACUUGGCCCUCGCUGAUCCCGCUGUGUUGAGCACAGUCCCAGUGGGCUUGUGGAGUAGAAUGAAGUUAGGAUUUGGGGGGGUAGGAUGAUCCUAGACCUGUCCCUAAGAACCACUACAACAGGACCAAACCCCUAGCGGCGGACCACGUGGAUCCUAUCCGUUACACGCUGCAGGGCCACUCUCUCCCACAGCUGACACUUCAUCCCCAAUGGGACAGGACACACCGGCACCCCCACCCUCCUUCUCCUAGUCCUCUUCCUCCUGACGAUGACGAUGAUGACUGCCACCAGCACAGCUAGCGUGAUGAGGAGACAUGAAGCAAAGAACAGUAGUGGUUUGUUCUCUGAGAUGUGAGCGCAGAUGGAACACACCGUCCUGUGGUUGCUGUCCCUACAGGAAGAUGUGACGUUGUUGCCAGGGAAACCGCUGCGGUCAAUGAUCUCUCGGUAGGUUGCGAUGGAGGCUUUGGGUUGGGACUGGUGCUGGAAAGAGGUGAUGAGGCCGAACUGAGGGGCGUGUCGAUCCUGCAGCUUCCAGAUGUAGAAGCCCUUUAGGUUGACUCCAUCCAACUGACGAGCUGGAGGGGAGAGAAGACAGGGAGAAGUGGGAGGUCAGAAUCACAAUUUAUACAUACAGAAAAGCAAUUUUAAGCAAUAACAACAGAGAGAAGCUGCAACCUGUGUGGGGGGCCAUAAACCAACUGAAGCUUUAUUGUGGCUACAGUACUGCACAGGAUGUUUAUCUCAGUACAAACAGGACAGUUCUCACUGGGAUUCACUUUAUGAUCUCAAAGGUUUCUCAUACAGUAAAGUCCAUGAGUUUUAUGAGGGGGCUCGUGAUGAUAAGGCCGUGCUGUGGUGUGUUAGGAAAUUAUCUGGAAGACCCGUCACCUUCGACCUCUCAUACUAAAAGCUGCUAAUGUGUGCCCUACACUACCUGUCUGCAGAAGAAACUGCAGAGAGGAGGUUGGUUUAUUUAGGAACAUUUGGAACUAUAGAAAUAAGCAUAGAACCUCUAGGAUAUUUAUGAUAAGAGCAAGCUAGUGGUUUAGCGUUGGACUGGGGUUGGGGGGGGGGGGUUUAACAGGAGUUUGAAUGGGUUAGGGAGAGCCUCACCUCUGAGGGCCUCCUCCAGGUAGCUCUUGAUGUAGUGCUGCCUGAGAAGAUCCUUUAGUGGGGCCUGAUCGUCAACCCCGCUGGCUGUGACUACAACCGGCAGACCCCCUCCAUACCGCUCCUUCACCCAGUGCAGCACCCUCCGGAGGCCCCAGGGGACCACCGCCUGCCCCAGGCCAGAGGAGGCCCAGGUGGGGUCAGACAUCAGCAGGCAGUCAUGGUCUGGAGGUUGAGGUUGCUGGGGUUUAGGUGGGGCAGUCUGAGGAGAAUAGGGGCGUGGUGACACGAGACGCGUGGUGAAGUGGUUCAGUGCGAUGAAGCCCAGCGCCCCUCGUAGCUCUUCUCUUUCCCGGUCGGUGAAGUGCGGUAGUGGGGAUCCAGGGAGGCCCAUCACCCUCGCCCUCUCCUCCAAGUAUCUCCUCACCUCUGGAGGGUACAUGCCACUCUUGCCCUCCCCCUCUCUGCCCCCUAGUAGUGGGUCUAGGAAACGACCCAGCUCAAACAACAGGAAUCUCUGAGUGGCGGUUGCAUGUGACUCCAGGAAGGGGUUGGCGGGUUCUGCCCAGUCUGCGUGCAGGGCCAGGGACACCAGUCCUCCCUGUUGGCUGAGAUAUUCCCUCUCAUAGAGCCUCCAGACCUUAGCGUGGGCCAGGAGGAGGUUAUGGGCUGCCAGAUGCUGCUCCUCUCCGCUCUUGUAGGCAUCCACCAGUCUGUUGGGCUCAUUGAUGGUGAUCCAGUAGCUGACCCAGGGCCCCAGCUCCCUGUAGCAGAGGGCUGCAUAGCUCUGGAAGGCCUCCACUGUGCUCCCGUUCAGCCAGCCUCCAGAGCCAUGCAGUGGGCCAGGCAAGCCCAGCAGAGGGACUCUGUUAGUGGGGUAGUAGAGGGUGACCAUGGCCUCCAGGCCCUGCUUGUGGAGCUCAGUGAGGAGACAGCGAUAGUAUCUGUUAAAAAGAGUUUGAAGUUAUUUAAAAUGCAAAGUGUGUUUGUAUCCAUACAGGCGUGCAUUCUAGUGUAUGUUUGCAUGUGUGUUAAACAUUUCAAUAUACACUAUACAGUGUGUGUCUACCUCAGGGCCUCUGUGUCCACAUUAGACAGAUCUCCAUGGGGCAGGAUGAGGGACCAGUUGAGAGCGAAGCGGUAGUGAGAUGCCCCUGUGGACUCAAAGAUGCCCAGGUGACCUCGGAUGGCCAGGUAGUCAGUGCACUGUGGCAUCCUGGUGUGGAGCUUGACCCCUUGGACAGGACGCAGCGCCCCGUCCCCUGUCAGGUUCCAGCUGUACAGGUGGGGGUCCAUGAAUUGAGGGGAGUAGGGAUGGAAAUUUACCUUUAAUAAAGGAGAACAAGAAUAUAAAUGUUUGUGUUUAUUUCUUACAAGGUGUGCAAUGACCUAGCUUGCGUAAUGUUCUGUUCGAGUUGGAGCGCAAGAAAAGCAGUUUUGCUAAAUAAAAUAAUCUCCUCCCUCUUUAUUUUCUCCUCCCGCUCUCGUCUCUGCAUCCUCUCCUCCCCUUCUCAUCACCUCACCUGUAGGGUGGAGGCGGCCACUCCCCAGUGGAAGUCACAUGGGAAACGCCCUUUGACCUCUCUGGUGGUCUCAUUACCAGGGAAACCGUUGUCCUUGACGACCUGCCUGUAGAACUGAGCGGUGGUCUUCGGGACCCUGGUUCUGUUGGCCUGGCUGAAGUCUACAUAGAACAGACCUCGUCUCACACUGUAGCCAUAGUUCCACUCAAAACCAUCCACCAGAGACCAGGCUGUGUAGCCAAACACUCUGACACCGUCAAACACAAUCGCUGGACACAAACAAACACAGAGAGAAUGAGAUGAGGAGACACAGUUACCACAGAGGUACAAAUAGCACAACAGUGCAGAGGUUAAAUGUAUUAAAAGGGGUCAGUCUGUCAAAUAUGCUCUCUUGUUGACCUCCUCUGUUUUCUCUAGCCCUGCCCCCUCCUCGGACCCCUCCUCCCUCCUUACCUUGCAGCACCUGGUUAAUUAACCUCUUCAUCAGGUAGAUAGCGACUGUAUCCUCCCUCUCCACAGCUGCAUCUGAGAACCAGCCCCCCUCUGCCACCAGCACUGGAAAGGUCCCCGUACUCCAGCCGCACCCAGCCCAGCACCCGCCUCAGAUCUGGGAACACCAUCUGCCCAUAGUGGGCCAGGCUCCGGCCCAGACGCAGGUUGUUAGGCCCAAAGGACAGGGCAAAGAAGUCAGCCGUUCCCUGCACCCAGAGCUUCUCCUCUGGGGUGAACUCAGGCAGGAGCCCCCUAUGAGUGGAUCUCAUGGAGGCUGGGUAGUCACCGUCCCUGAAGAUGGGAUUGGCGAACCAGCCAAGCACCGCCUCCAUGGACUGCUGGCAGAGCUCGACAUUGGCUGGUGUGGUUUGGCCUCUAUGAGGCACCAUCCAAUGGGAACCCAGGACGAGGGACACCUGACCCUUCUGAGUCGGGCGGAAGUGGGUGUUAUAUGUGUGCCACGCUUUGGCAUGCGCCUGUAAAUGUGUAAAUGAAAUGGAGGUCAGUUAUACAUGCACUGCAUUAUGGCAGAGAUAUUGCACAUACUACAGAUAUUGGACCUGUACAGUGUCCUAGUAUGUGCUGGGACAUAACUGAUUAUUAAUGAAGCCUGAUAUCAUCCUAACAUCCUGCCAUACUGCUGUGCUGUGGUGCCUGCCUGCCCACCCACAAAACUGCUGAUGUCACAGACUUUAACCCCCAGUGUCUCCUUAAGUGUCCUGUUUACUAUUCGCUGUAAUAAACCUCUCAUAGCAAACAGUAAACACACAAGGUCAAUGACUGCUAAUAGCUGCAGAAGGAGCACAGCUAAUAUUGAAUAUCACAACUUGAAACCUUUUGGAUUAGUUUAACCUGAUUGAUUGAAGAAAGCACAGCAUGUACUAUGGCUAUUAAAGCUUUAUGUCUUCACACAUUUUCUUUGCAAUGUCUUGAACCCAAUGAAAGACGCAAACAUUCAUUGACCACAUCAGCUGAUAAAACCCACAGAAGUUCAAAGACUAAAGUAAAGUUCAAAGUCUGACUAACACAGGGUCUCAGUUUCAAUCUAUCCAAAGGGUUCUAAUUCACAACACAACCCCCUGUCCCCCCUCCCAAAUGGGUACAGAUAGUCGUUGCCAUUUUACACAGAACUAGGAACAACUUUCCCUUCCAAAAUCCUGACCAUUCCCAUUGGAAGGAAAACACAAAACUGACCUAAGAUUUGCAUCUAGGGGCAACUUCAGACUUCUUCUGACCCUUGACCCUGACUGACUCACCCUGAUGAGGUUGUGGGCCACGAUGAAGGGGGCGGUGGAGUCCCCUGUCUCUCCAGGCGCGUGCACUCCUGUCCCGUACCCCUGGACAGCCACCAGGUAUGGGUUGUGCAUGGUUAUCCAGUACCUCACACGUCCCCCGUAUGUCCGGAAACAGAAGGCAGCGUACACGUCAAACAACCCCACCAGGGUGUCAUUCUUCCAGCCCCCGUAGUGCUCCUGCAGGACCUGGGGAAGGUCCCAGUGAAACAGGGUGACCACCGGCUCAAUGCCUCUCUCUCUCAGCCUGUCGAGCAGUCUCCCAUAGUGCUCCACAGCCACCAUAUUGGGCUGACUAGUGGCAACCCCGUCAGGGAAGAGUCGGGGCCAGGAGAGGGAGAAGGCGUAGGAGUGCAUCCCGAGGUACCCCAGCGCCUCAACAUCCUCCUCCCAUUGGGUGUAGCUGUCACUGGCUGUGUCUGCGACACCUCCGACACCUCGGUGGGGUGCUGUGUGGGUGAAGUGGUCCCAGAUUGAGGGGCCUUUCCCGUCCCGGUCCGAGGCCCCCUCAGUCUGGAAGGCGGAGGUCCCCGUGCCCCAGAGGAACCCUGGAGGGAAAGUCCCGUGGAGAAAGGACUGGCUCUGGUUGAAGGGCUCUGGGGUGGAGGGCUGCUGCCACUGCCUCCUGCCCUCCCCCAGGGAACAGAAAGCCCCAUCCCAGACCAUCGCUUCCAGGAGGAGGGAGAGAAGGUAUGUUACCAUAUUGCAGCCCAAGUAAGAAGAAUGAUCCUCUCCAGAGAUUUCCAAAAUCCUUUAAGAGAAAGAUAAUCCUUUAAGAAAAGCUGGUCUCAGUCUGAGUUCCUGUGUGAGUAUCAGGGGUCCGGAUGUGAAGAAGGUGAGGGAUCCAUGAUUGAAGAAUAGAAGAUGAAGGGAUUGAAGCGAACGAGUGUAGGAGACUGAGACGUCAACGUGGAGCCUAGGAGAGGAGCGGUACACUAUCCAUCUGAACGACUAACCUGAUUGGACUUACCUAUCUCUCUCUCUACCUCCCUCUCUCUCUCCUUUACUCUCUCCUCCUCCCUCUCUCUGACACAUAACGUAUGUUGUACAUACACAACAACACUCACCAAAACUGGCUCAUACACUCAGGAACACACAUGCAGGCACACACACAUUUUGUCAAUGAUUAGCUUGAACUCUGAUCCUCACCUCCACUACUGAUGCUCCCAUUUACUCUCCCUCUCUCUCUCUCUCACUCUCUCUUUCGCUCUCUCUCUCUCUUUCAAUCUCACCAUCUCUAUCUCACAAUCACUUUCUCCUGCUAAAUCUUCUACUCUCUCUAUCUCUUUACACUAACAUGUUUUUUCAUUGAUAUUACUGUAAUAUUGGAAUCGUUACAACCUAAUGAAUAUAAGGAAAAUAUUGGCAUGUUCUUGCAGCUAUUCAAACCCUAAUGACCUGUUUGAGAAAUAGCCUAAAUAAGGUUGAGUUAAAGCCAGUCACCACACCCUAAUAGGCGAUUUUCCCCCUCUUAAUCAUAUCACAAUCAACUUUUACCAGUUGAAUGUAGAUACAAAUAUAAUCUUUUUUUGUAUUAACAUUUUUCUAAACGAUUGUAUUAAAAUAUUUAAAUGAGGUGAUAUGUCAUUAAAUAUGCACAUAUUUGCAUAUCGUUCAAAUCCAUUUUUCAGGGCAUCGGAUUAAGUCAGUCUAAAUAUUUUGAUUUCAUUUUGUUAAGACACUCCAGGACCGGACUUACUCAGAGCAGAUUGUGGAUAAAUACUUUUUUCUCAUCUUUCUAUCUGUAAAAUACUAAAGACAUGUACCUAAAAUGCAUUUUUGGCAAAUUUUUCUUAAGAAAAUGCUAUCUAGAAUAAAACAUUUACAACAUAUCAACAAUUCACUCUGGGCAAGUCUCGAGAAUAUAUCUAAGGAUUACCACACAACAUUCGGUGAAUAUAGAUGCUUCUGAAGCUGAGGAAAAUUAGUUGGCAUGUGGGAAGAUUGACUUUCGGGAAAUGGCAGUUAAAGACAAGUACACUGAAUUUAGACUACCAAACACCAAACCCCUGUUUAGACCCAAUCACCAUGUCUUCAAAGUUACUACAUUUAGUCCAGUUUGUUACGUUCUCUAUGAAAUGGGCUUUUAAAUAAUGUGUAAUUCAAUAUAGAAGAGUUUUGAAAAUAUGGAUGCAUGUCCAUUUUAAAGUGGUUACAUUUCAUGAAAUUCUUAUAACAGUAGUAUGAUAUACUAAAGAAAAUAUACAUUUUCAUCAAGACUUUUACAUUUUUAUGUUUGCUUUUUGAAAAAACUAAAAUACCAACAAAUCUCAAAAUGGAUAGGUAAAUGCAAAAAUGUAAUUUCAGCCUGUGGUGCCUGGCAUUAAGGUUUUAGCUGAAUCUACUUUAGGAGAUGGUCCUGGCGCUUGCUGGACUUUCUUGGGCGCCCUGAAGUCUUCUUCACAACAAUUGAACUUCUCUCCUUGAAGUUCUUGAUGAUCCGAUAAAUGGUUGAUUUAGGUGCAAUCUUACUAGCAGCAAUAUCCUUGCCUGUGAAGCCCUUUUUGUGCAAAGCAAUGAUGACGGCACCUGUUCCCUUGCAGGUAACCAUGGUUAACAGAGGAAGAACAAUGAUUUCAAGCACCACCCUCCUUUUAAAGCUUCCAGUCUGUUAUUCUAACUCAAUCAGCAUGACAGAGUGAUCUCCAGCCUUGUCCUCGUCAACACUCUCACCUGUGUUAACGAGAGAAUCACUGACAUAAUGGCAGCUGGUCCUUUUGUGUCAGGGCUGAAAAGCAGUGGAAAUGUAUUUUGGGGAUUAAGUUCAUUUUCAUGGCAAAAAGGGACUUUGCAAUUAAUUGCAAUUCAUCUGAUCACUCUUCAUGACAUUCUGGAGUAUAUGCCAAUAGCCAUAAUCAAAACUGAGGCAGCAGACUUUGUGAAAAUUAGUAUUUGUGUCAUUCUCAAAACUUUUGACCACGACUGUACUAUGUAAUAUGUAUAUUUAUAUUUUUACUGCAACUGCCAACCACAGGAGGAUUCAGGAGCCCGCUCUCAAAGAGUGUAGACAGCCUGCUGCUGCCUGCUGCCGCUCUGAUAAUUAUCAGAUGGGGGGGAGGAGAGGAGAUAGGGGCACACCUGGGUAACUGGGGGGCCCUGCCCUGAUUGGGUAACUGAUUAAUAAAAAAUAUUAAAAAUAAACUGCAUGAAUGUGACUGGUCAAUUGUGUGAGUCAGGGGCUGGGCCCAAGCCAAUAUGGUGCUCAAGAGGCAAAAAAAUUAAUACAAUUCUAUACGUUUAUUUUUAUUUUUAUCGAACCACAGGAGCCCGCUCUCAAUGUUCAAAAUACCCCAGAGAGCAUAAUUUGGCCACAGAGGAUCAAUAGUUUCAACAACAACAAAAAAACGUGGAUUAAAUUUGAUCACAAGCACAUACAGGUAACUGCCGAAAUAAAAGAAACACCAACAUAGUUUCUUAAAAGAGUGUUUGGCCACCACAAGCUGCCAGAACAGCUUCAAUGCGCCUUGGCAUAGAUUCUACAAGUGGACCUAAACCAUGUCAGGAAAAUGCACCCCACACCAUAACAUAUCAUUUGUAUCCCUCAUUUACUCAAGUGCCUACAGUUGGGAAGGCCACAAUUUGGCCAGCAUGCGAGCCAAAUAUACAGCUCGUUGUGUCGUGGCCAUAGACAUAUAAUCCAUAGAAGGGUUUUGGAACCUCUUACCCUGGCAAUUUGACUAUUAAACUCAUGGGUACACUAGCAAUGGCUGCCAGUCCUGAUUUGAAUGGGAACGGCCAUCUAUGGAUUAUAUUUCUAUAGGUUGGUUGCAGCUGUCUGUUUGCCUUUUGCAAAUGUCAAAAUCAGGGGCGGUGUGUUCAUUAGGGCGAUAUGGGCGACGCACUGCCAAACGGGAAAAGGAAGGGAUUUUUUUUCUAAUCAAUUAUAUCACGGCAACAGUAGUUUUCAGUGUUCUAAUCUAGACGUCUGAUCUGCCACUAAAUGUCCAAUCAGGCUAAAGUCGUGCUUCAAAUGGCCCCGCCCGUUUUGGGGCGAUUUCAGUCAGGUUGAAAAUCGCCCCAGAAGUCUCUCAGACUCUCAUGUAAAAUCUUUUUUUUUUCAAAUAUCAGAGCUUUCAAUACAAUCUCUAUGGGUUCCGGGAGGGCUUGCACUUACGCGCUUUCGUCAUACGUAACAUAACCAUGAACAUAACUAAGAAAAGAGCGGGUAGCAGCGUCAAUCAAUUCACGUACUACUGUCAAGAUUGCUAGCGUUCAGUGCAACUCGAUUGUCUCUUUGAAAGAAGUUCAUUUUUGUCUGCGAACAAAUCAAGAUAAAUUGGCAACGAAACAAUUAGGACCUCCCAGACCAAAUUUAAUAAUUCAACAGGUUUCUACUAAAGGGGGAAAGUCCUACACCCGAGGAUUUUCCAAAAAUUGGUACGAACGAAAAACCUGGCUAGCAGGCUGCGAUGUAGCUAAUGCAGUCUUCUGCUACCCCUGCUUACUCUUUCACCCUGAAGGCGGCACGGCAGACAGCACCGCUUGGACAGCGACUGGUGUAACGGACAUGCACCAUCUUUCAGAAAAGAUUAAGAAACAUGAGCUGUCAAAGACCCACAUGGAUAGCUGUUUGAGAUUGUCUGCUUUGGGGAGAGUGAACAUUGCCACUCAACUGGAUGAGGGAUACAGGCUAGCUGUCCGCCGCCACAACGAUGAGGUUAGCAAGAACCGCCACAUCCUCAGCCGGCUAAUCCAGUGUGUGAAGUUUUGCGGAGUGUUUGAGUUAGCUUUGCGAGGCAAAGAUGAAACUGAGGGCUCCACCAACCCUGGUAUUUUUCUUGGACUUGUCAACUUUGUGGCACAAUUAGAUGAGGUGUUUGAUGACCAUCUUAAAAAUGCUAAAGUUUUCAAGGGCACAUCAAAGACCAUUCAAAACGAGCUACUGGAGUGUAUGCUAGCGGUCAUGACGGAACAUAUUGUGGAGGAGGUGAAGUCGGCGAACUUCGUAGCUAUCCGAGCUGACGAGACCACGGACGUUUCUACACAGACACAGCUGGUGCUUGUGCUGAGGUACAUAGAUAGCAAGAAGAUUUAAUUUUUUUCCUGGGGCUUUUUCACAAAAUCAUGCCCCACGUCGACAUUCUGUACCAGAAGCUACAGAAGAAGGACAUCGAUGCUGUCUUCAUCAAACGUGCCCUCGACAGCUUCACAAGCAGUGUGCAGGCCAUAAGGUAAGAUUAAACAAUAUCAUUCGAUCUUUCUCAAAGCAGAGCUUUAUUUGAAAAUGUAUGCAUGAAAGGAGACAUCAUCAUAUUUACAAAUCUAUACAAUUGGCCAGAAUAUGGUUGUUCAUUUUUACAAAGCCAUUCAGAUAGCUGUGUUUACCUUUUCUAGAAAUUAUUUUCAAAUUCUGUUUUCAGGCAAAAUGUCUAUCACUGUUCAUUUUCACAAAUCUAUACAAGAGGGCAGAAUAUGGAAGUCAAUAAAAUGUCUUAUUACCAAUAACUUGCAUCAAUGUUUUCAGUAGCCUCUAUCAAAAGCUCCUGCUGGCCUUGUUGUGAAUUAUGCUCAGGUGCACAUAUGUCCAAUUCCAACCAUGAGGCCUUUUUGAAAGCAAGUAAUGUGUUAUCAGUAUUGACUUAUAUGCUGCCCCUGUCUUCUGUUGUUUGCUGGACAUAUCUUUUUUAAAUGUGUGUAGGUCACCUAAAUCAUCAGAAAAAUUGCCCCCCCUGAGAAUUUUUUCAGGAGCCGCCACUGGUCAAAAUACAAUUGCAGGAAAAACGUACCGUUUGGAAAGCAAAUGCCUACUGCUGAAAAGAGAAGGCUAAUCUGUCUGCUGAAAGGAGAAGAUGAAUCUGUCUGCUGAAAAGAGAAGACUAAUCUGUUUGCUGAACCAAUAGAAGAAAACAAAUCUCAACAACUCCCAAUUUUUUUUGUGAACAGCAACACUGUUUUUCAAAGUAGCUCAUCUUGAGAUAGGCUAUUGCCAAGAGGAGCGCAUCUGCCAUCACCGUGAGUAGCCUAUACAUUUUUUCAUUUACAUUUUCGUCAUUUAGCAGACACUCUUAUCCAGAGCGAUUUACAAAUUGGUGCAUUCACCUUAUGAUAGCCAGUGGGACAACCACUUUACAAUAUAUAUAUAUAUAUUUAUUUUUUUUGCGAACAGUUUUGACUGGGCUGAGCGGGAACUGUGCUUACGCAGAGGUAGGGGGGCCAGCAGGCCAGAGGUGGAUGAACGCAAUACCCUCGUUUGGGUGUAGGGACUGAUCAGAGCCUGAAGGUACGGAGGUGCCGUUCCCCUCACAGCUCUGUAGGCAAGCACCAUGGUCUUGUAGCAGAUGCGAGCUUCAACUGGAAGCCAGUGGAGUGUGCGGAGGAGGGGGGUGACGUGAGAGAACUUGGGAAGGUUGAACACCAGACGGGCUGCGGCAUUCUGGAUGAGAUGUAGGGGUUUAAUGGCACAGGCAGGGAGCCCAGCCAACAGCGAGUUGCAGUAAUCCAGACGGAGAUGACAAGUGCCUGGAUUAGGACCUGUGCCGGUUCCUGUGUAAGGUAGGGUCGUACUCUGCGAAUGUUGUAGAACCUACAGGAUCGGGUCACCGCUUUGAUGUUAGCAGAGAACGACAGGGUGUUGUCCAUGGUCACGCCAAGGCUCUUCGCACUCUGGGAGGAGGACACAACGGAGUUGUCAACCGUGAUGGCGAGAUCAUGGAACGGGCAGAGAUCAUGGAACGGGCAGUCCUUCCCCGGGAGGAAGAGCAGCUCCGUCUUCCCGAGGUUCAGCUUGAGGUGGUGAUCCGUCAUCCACAUUGAUAUGUCUGCCAGACAUGCAGAGAUGCCAUUCGCCACCUGGUUAUCAGAAGGUGAGUCUGUGUGCCACUGGAAAUUGUAUUUAGUAGCCUACUGUAGCCUAUAAUAUAUACAGUACCAGUCAAAAGUUUGGACACGCCUACUCAUUCAAGGGUUUUUCUUUAUUUUUACUAUUUUCUACAUUGUAGAAUAAUAGUGAAGACAUCAAAACUAUGAAAUAACACUUAUGGAAUCAUGUAGUAACCAAAGAAGUGUUAAACAAAUCAAAAUAUAUUUUAUAUUUGAGAUUCUUCAAAGUAGCUACCCUUUGCCUUGAUGACAGCUUUGCACACUCUUGGCAUUCUCUCAACCAGCUUCAUGAGGUAGUCACCUGGAAUGCAUUUCAAUUAGCAGGUGUGCCUUGUUAAAGUUAAUUUGUGGAAUGUAUUUCCUUAAUGCUUUUGAGCCAAUCAGUUGUGUUGUGACAAGGUAGGGGUAGUAUACAGAAUAUAGCCCUAUUUGGUAAAAGACCAAGUCCAUAAUAUGGCAAGAACAGCUAAAAUAAGCAAAGAGAAACGACAGUCCAUCAUUAAUUGAAGAAAUGAUGGUCAGUCAAUCCGGAAAAUGUCAAGAACGCAAAAACCAUCAAGCGCUAUGAUGAAACUGGCUCUCAUGAGGACCGCCACAGGAAAGGAAGACCAUGAGUUACCUCUGCUGCAGAGGAUAAGUUCAUUAGAGUUACCAGCAUCAGAAAUCUGCAACUAACAGCACCUCAGAUUGAAGCCCAAAUAAAUGCUUCACAGAGUUCAAGUAACAGACACAUCUCAACAUCAACUGUUCAGAGGAGACUGCGUGAAUCAGACCUUCAUGGUCAAAUUGCUGUAAAGAAACCACCACUAAAGGGCACCAAUAAGAAGAAAACACUUGCUUAGGCCAAGAAACAUGAGCAAUGGACAUUAGACUGGUGGAAAUCUGUCCUUUGGUCUGAUGAGUCCAAAUUUGAGAUUUUUGGUUCCAACCACCAUGUCUUUAUGAGACGCAGAGUAGGUGAACAGAUGAUCUCCAUAUGUGUGGUUCCUACCGUGAAGCAUGGAGGAGGAGGUAUGAUGGUGUGGGGGUGCUUUGCUGGUGACACUGAUGGUGAUUUAUUUAGAAUUCAAGGCACACUUAACCAGCAUGGCUACCACAGCAUUCUGCAGCGAUACGCCAUCUCAUCUGGUUUGAGCUUAGUGGGACUAUCAUUCGUUUUUCAACAGGAUAAUGACCCAAAACACACCUCCAGGCUGUGUAAGGGCUAUUUGACCAAGAAGGAGAGUGAUGGAGUGCUGCAUCAGAUGACCUGGCCUCCACAAUCACCCGACCUCAACCCAAUUGAGAUGGUUUGGGAUGAGUUGGACCGCAGAGUGAAGGAAAAGCAGCCAACAGGUGCUCAGCAUAUGUGGGGACUCCUUCAAGACUGUUGGAAAAGCAUUCCAGGUGACUACCUCAUUAAGCUGGUUGAGAGAAUGUCAAGAGUGUGCAAAGCUGUCAUCGAGGCAAAGGGUGGCUACUUUGAAGAAUCUCAAAUAUAAAAUAUAUUUUGAUUUGUUUAACACUUUUUUGGUUACUACAUGAUUCCAUAUGUGUUAUUUCAUAGUUUUGAUGUCUUCACUAUUAUACUACAAUGUAGAAAAUAGUAAAAAUAAAGAAAAAUCCCUUGAAUGAGUAGGUGUGUCCAAACUUUUGACUGGUACUGUAUAUACUGAACAAAAAUAUAAACGCAACAUGUAAAGUGUUGGUCCCAUGUUUAAUGAGCUGAAAUAAAAGAUCCCAGAAAUGUUCCAUAUGCACAAAAAGCUUAUUUAUCUCAAAUGUUGUGCACAAAUUUGUUUACAUCCCUGUUAGUGAGCAUUUCUCCUAUACCAAGGUAAUCCAUCCACCUGACAGGUGUGGCAUAUCAAGAAGCUGAUUAAACAGCAUAAUCACUACACAGGUGCACCUUGUGCUGGGGACAAUAAAAGGCCACUCUAAAAUGUGCAGUUUUGUCACACAACAUUAAUGCCAAAGAUGUCUCAAGUUUUGAGGGAGCGUGCAAUUGACAUGCUGACUGCAGGAAUGUCGACUAGAGCUGUUACCAGAUAAUUUAAUGUUAAUUUCUCUACCAUAAGCUGCCUCCAACGUCAUUUUAGAGAAUUUGGCAAUAUGUCCAAUUGGCGUCACAACCGCAGACCACUUGUACCCAAGCCAGCCCAGGACCUCCACAUCCUGCUUCUUCAACUGCGGGAUCACCUGAGACCAGCCACCCAGACAGCUGAUGAAACUGAGGAGUAUUUAUGUCUGUAAUAAAGCCCUUUUGUGGGGAAAAACUAAUUCUGAUUGGCUGGGCCUGGCUCCCCAGUGGGUGGGCCUGGCUCCCAAGUGGGUGGGCCUAUGGCUGCGCCCCUGCCCAGUCAUGUGAAAUCCAUAGAUUAGGGCCUAAGAAUUCAUAUCAAUUGACUGAUUUCCUUAUAUGAACUUUAACUCAGUAAAAUUGUUGAAAUUGUUGUUUAUAUUUUUGUUCAGUAUUUAUAUUGCCUCCUAAUAUUGUACAUAUUGUACAUAUGCCUCCUAUAUCUGUGUGUCGCUUCAAUGGCCUUGGCAGUUGUUUGUUUGAAUUCAAGACCAGAUUGAUCUCAGAGUGGCUGCUCAAUGUGGUCAUUUGUGUGGUAUUAAAAAAGAUUCAGCUGUCUUUUAUCAUGUAAAUGAGGUAGAAUUUAAUGAAAUGCGUUUUUAAUUUUGUUGAUUUUAUUUGACCCUACUAACAAAUGUUCCCCAUGUGUGAAAAUCCUAAAAACGCCUCUGCUCAACUGUAGCCUAUGGCACAUGGCAAACGUUAUUAUGGCUUUAUUAUAAAGGGGAUUUUUUCUUCAACAGUAAAUUUACCACGCAUCGAAUUGCAGCUUGGUGCACAGAUUUGUUUACAGAAAAUGGUGUGCCGGUGGGGUUAUUAAAAAAUCAAAGCCCCGCGGCCUGUGAUUUCUUAAUCUGGCUCUGAUCUAAGGAAAUACAAAUAAAACAGAAGCAACUACAUCUACCAAAUCCUUUAUGUUUUUGUUUGUGUAUCUUGGAAGAUGCCAGCUGGUGUAAAGUGGCCAUCAUGGCCAAACAACACCUUAUCAUGAAAUUUGCCACAGACAUUAUUAGGUUAUGUCAAUUUAGCUGGAAAACUGAUAUUCUCCACCUCUAAACGACCUGACAUCAGCAGUGAUACAGUACAAAUGUAGGCCUACCCCUGCCCCAGCGUCUGUGAGUCGACGAGGAGUAUGACAUGGCUCCUCUCUAACGCCCAGGAAGCUCCGAUUCAAACUCCCAUUAGACAGCUCUGCAAGCGUUAUGUCAAAAUACAUUUGUUAGUCAUUUACUCCUAGACCUACCGGUAAGCCUAUGUACUUCCAAAAAAGGUCUAGAUAAAAAUGUACAAGCAACCGAAAAAUGCCUCUUCGGCACCACCAAUGUAUUGAGUUGUUGUAGACUUCUGAGCUGUUUGUGGCGCAGGUGCCAAAUAGGAUAAAACAUUUUUGGGUUGCUUGUAAAUGUAGACCUGUUUUGGAAGUACACACCGGCCAUAACUGGAGUAAAUGAAGAUAGUUGCUCAGCGAAACUCCAUAUUUGGUGAGUAAGAACGUUUUUUGACAUUAUUUACACUUGUAGAGCUGUCUGGUGGGAGUUUGAAUCGGAGCUUCCUGGGCGUUAAAGAGGAGACAUGUCAUACAUAUCUUCGACAUCUCUGCACAGAUACUGGGACAGCCUACCCCCAAAAAGCACUGCACUGUGUUGUACCUUUGAGUUGCCUGGACUGAGAAGGGUGCAAUUGCGGCCCACAAUUCGAGUGUCCUGAAUGUGGACAUUCCUGCAUCUGCAGGAACCCCAAUUUUUAAGUUAGGGGAGGCGGUGGCUCUCCAGUACAGUGGGUUGCGUUAAUGCACAAUAACGUUAGAUGCCAGCCGCCGAUAAGCCCGACAGAAGAAUGGGCAGGCGAGACAAUCAUAGCUAUCAGCCGUAAACCGGUAGACAGUGUCCUUCGCAGUGUUGCCAACUCCUCAGUAAGGAAAGUAGCUAUUGGCUGUCCUAAAAGUCGCUAGAAGUUGCUAAAUGAUGUCAUCACCUAAUUUGCAUAAUUGGCCAUGUGCAUGUAAUUGUGAUGGACGCUGUAGGAGAGAGGAAUAACGUUGUGGGAGAGACAAAAAGUGAGUAAAAAACACCCUACAUUUACAUCCCGCCCUGAAUGUAAGCCAGGGCGGGAUCAGCCAGCGGCGGCUUCCCGCAUGCAUGAUGCAUUUGCAGUCUGGACGCGGAGGGGUGAACAUCUCCUGCUCUGACUGCUGCUGGGAGGGAUUUCUGCGCGAGGACUAUGCCACCUGUGAGUGCUUUGGGACAGGGGUGGGGCCCACGGCAGCACCCGCUGCUUGUUGAGAAGAGUAAGAACGAUAUGUGCUUUCACAUCAGUCUCCAAUAACACCAGAAAAAGUCGCUAGAUUUGUCGCUAGUCGCUUUUUUGAAAAUGUGUCGCUAGAGAGGUCUGAAAACUCCCUAAAUAUAGUGACAAAGUCGCUAAAUUGGCAACACUGGUCCAUCGCCCCUGCAUGUCGGGCUGCGUUCAUGCAGGAACCAAUGGGGUGUACGAGGAGGGGUGGGUGUUCAUGAAGGAACCAAUGGGAUGCUCAAGGGGAACACCCUGAAUUGCAGGAACGCCCUGAAUUGCGGGCUGCAGUUGCACACUAUUGCCUGGACUGGGAUAAAAUAAUUUGGGGAGGAUAUCAAACGGGAGAUCAGUGAUGAUAUAUGGUGAGUAGGGGAAGUUAGGCCGAAGCAAUCAAUUCCCAUUGACGACUUUACAACAGCUGAACGUGUGAUGAAAAUAUAUAUAUGGCGGACUCCCUCAGAGGCGCAUAUGCAUUAAUGAACAGUCUCUCGGAGGUGUAUAUUAAUGUCCAUGCUUCAAAGGCAGUGUACCAGUGAACGCUGCCAUGAGAACAGCACACUAUGGAUGGGUUGGUUGUUUAGCAAAAAAACCAAGGCAUGCACAACUAUAGGGCAAAACAAAUGGGGUUGGCUUAGAUUGUUAACAACAUGGAAACUAUAUUUCGUCUCCAAUGUUUAUUGAAAACAUAAACACAUUUGCACUUGCACAUAAGAGCUUGUUGUCUCACAAAUACAUUGUUACAGUUGUUGGUUGGCUGAUGAGAGUGGUGGUUGUCCCACUGGCUAUCAUAAGGUGAAUGCACCAAUUUUAAAGUCGCUCUGGAUAAGAGCGUCUGCUAAAUGACGUAAAUGUAAUGUAAAUGUAAGCAUUGACAUGAAAUCAGUCAAAACAAUUCAAAACAAGACAUGGUGUCAAGACCAAAAUGAAACUAGCUGAAACUAGUCACUUAUGAUUACCCACAUGGACAUUUCUUGUCAUUGUUGGUAGCUAUCUGGCCAUCCAGAAUUAAACAACUCAGUUCUGCCACAUUGAGCGUGGGCGUCGUUUUCGUGAGUCGUCAGCUAACAUCUAUAAAGUGUGCACCGGGGCCGGGCAGAGUGAAGUGGGAGUGUUUAAAAGCGCACUGAACUUGGCAUGAGGUCGCACAUUCCUUGCCCUAUCAUUGUAGACGCGUAAUUGGCGGCUGUUAUAAGAUCGAACCUUGUCCCUGUCAGCGAACACGUUGAUCUAGGGGUAUUUUUAUUUUACCUUUAUUUAACUAGGCAAGUCAGUUAAGAACAAAUUCUUAUUUACAAUGACGGCCUACACCGGCCAAACCCGGACGACGCUAGGCUAAUUGUGCGCCGCCCUAUGGGACUCCCAAUCACGGCCGGUUGUGAUACAGCCUGGAAUCGAAUAAGGGGGUCUGUAUAACGCCUCAAGCACUGAGAUGCAGUGCCUUAGACCACUGCGCCACUCGGGAGCCCGAGUAUGACUUUAGCUUUGGGUGCGAGAGGUCCCGGGUUCAAAUCCCAGACUAGCCCACCUUCCAAAACAUUUGGGUUUUGAAGUCUGAACUGAAGAGCAAGUAUUAGAACAUGUAAUCAAUGUAUUUUGUCGUUAUAUCCUACAUAUUUGUAAAAAAAAAAAAAAAGUUUUCUCUUGAUUUGUUUUUUUUAACAAUAAAAGUAAAUAAGUGAAAUUUGUUAACAUCUCCUAUUUAAUAUCUUUAUUAUAAAGCCAUACAUUGAGUAAUAUUUUAUACAAAUCCACAGAUGUGGCAAAAUCUCAACUUCAUUGCCUGUCAAGCACGUCUAUCUCUGCCCAUCACUGUAAAUUAAAGGGAAGAAAUUAGACAGAUGUGUGUAAAGGAGGAACAUGUUUCCUGCACAUUUGAAUGGCCAGGUUUCAAGUGUCUGCUUCCCCUCUGCUCAACAUUUACUGUAUGCUCAGAGAGGAAGUGUUAAGAGUGAGACUGAUAGGGUAAUAGUAUGAGUGUGAAAGAGACACAAUAGCAAAGGCAGAGAAAAGAGAGAUUAAGAUGAAAGGAGUGAGAGAGACGGACUGACUGAACAUCAUUUCAACAAAAAACACUGCUUGAAAAGACACUGAAAAGGACAGGUCAGUCUUUCCUUUUCCCCCUCUUUCUGUGUGUGUGUACCCCAAGUACUGUACUAUAGACCAAAAAAGCUGGAGUCUAUAAAAAAAAACAAGGAUGCUCUUUUUUUGAAUACCCUAUGGACGCUGCAUAACAUUCAUAUUUAAAAGAGGAAACCAAAACCUUUAUUCACAUUCUGAUGCAAGCUAUUCCAUGUUGUGAUUCACAAACACACUGUGUACUGAACCUAUUUUACACAACCAUUGCUUAUUUCAUUUUCUCUCCCUCUUCCGCUUGUUCCUCUCCAGAGAUGAGGGAUGUGGCCGUCACCCUCUGGGCAGUGGCUGUGUUAGUGGGAGUCCAUCGCUGCACCCCCUCCUCCUCAGAAAUACACACCACCAUUGUCAACCUCUCAUCCUUCCCCAGAAACCUACCGCCAUCCACCUAAGCCCUGGACCUCAUCCAGAACAACAUCCACAAACUCCGCCAUGAGAAUUUCCAAGUGACCACUCACCUGAGGUGACUCAACCGGUCUUGGAAUGUCUUGGAGGAGAUAGAUCCGGAGACAUUCCAUCCAACUCCGCUCCUGGAGAGUCUGGACCUCUCAUACAACCGUCUCCAGAACUUCUCUGAUCAACGGUACUUGCUGUUCAUGCAGAACCUCAGUUCUAGAUCUGACCUUUAACCUGUUCCACACCAUGACCCUGGGGGCAGAGUUGUGCAGCCUGGGAAAGUUAGAGAGACUGGGGCUCGGAGCAAUCAUCAUCACGGUGGAGGAUUUCAUCAACAACACUGACGAAACCUGCAAACUUUGACCGUUCGUCUGGAGAACCUCACAGCCUAUGAAGGUGGCAGCCUGGGUGACAUCCAGGCAGAGAAGGUCUGCAUCGGCCUGACGAACAAACCCACCGACCGAGAUCUGAUCGCAGACGUUCUGUUGAUGUUCGACGAGGUCGAGCUGAUGGGUAUGAACCUGAAGGGUGACCACAGUUACCUGGUGGAACUCGUGAAGGAGAGAGGGGCGGUCAACACCUCACAUCUUUACCUAACCGAUAUGGUCAUCACCUGGGAGCACUUGACCAAUACCAUAAACGCUGUGUUCCAAUCCCCCAUCGCCCACCUGAACACUUCAGACGUGGCCAUCCACAUCCCAUCUUUCAGUGACACCCCAGGAAGAGACACGUCCGAGCGGGGGUGGUUACCUUUUUCUUCUCCCUAGAAGCCCUCUGUAACUUCUUCAUCAACAUACCCGUGGAGCGCCUGGCGAUGACUGAGACGUCCAUCAUACACAUGACCUGCCCCAAGUUGCCCAGCGGGAUACUGCAGCUAGACUUCUCAGACUGCGCCCUGACUGAUACGGUCUUCUCCAGAGUAGAACGGCAAGUCACUGUGGAGUGUACAACCCUGAAUAAAGUGGACAUCCUGGUUCUGAGAGGGAACAACCUCAAGAACCUUCAAACCCUGAGCAAGUGUUCAGCACAUGAGCUCUCCGCGUCACCUGGACCUCAGCCUCAACACGUUGGUUUACCGCGGAGAGGAAUGCAACUGGCUGUCCACCUGAACCUAUCCUCCAAUGGGCUGAGCGAGUCGGUAUUCAGCUACCUGCCGAACAGCACCGCCACCCUGGACCUCCAGAACAACCAGAUCUCCACUGUACCAGAGGCCCUGCUGGCCCUGGAUUCCCUCCUCGCUCUGGACCUGAGUGCCAACCGGCUGAGGAACCGCUCUGUGUGUGCUAGAUUCCCACACCUUAAGUAUCGCCUGCUCAGGGAGAACUCCCUCCAUGCUCCAUCUGUGAGCAGUCUGGGGACCUGCCCUGUUCUACGGGUUCUAGACGCCAGAAGAAACCCCUUCACCUGUACCCUGAGAGGCUUCAGGGAUCUGGGUACUUCUGGGAAUGGGCUUGGUGGCGGACACCCAGGAAUCCAACUUCUCCACUGGCCACGAGCGUACCACUGCAGCUACCCCGAAGCCUGAGGAACUCCACACUAGAGGGCUUCCUGAUCCGUGAGAUAUCCUGCAACGCUGGCCUACUGGCAACGGCCAUCUUGUGCCCAGUGAUGGCCGUUAUCAUUCUUAUGGCGACUCUGUGCCAACACCUGGACGUUCCGUGGUACCUGGACAUGAUCUGGCAGUGGACCCAGGCCAAGCACCGUUCCAGGACCCAGCAGGUCCGGCCCCAGGACCUGGAGGGGGUGUUGUUCCACGCCUUUGUGUCCUACAGCCAGCAUGAUGCAGACUGGGUCAAGGGCCAGCUCUUGCCUAACCUGGAGGGCUCGGGCAGGGGGCUCCACAUCUGCCGCCACGAGAGGGACUUCGUCACGGGGAAGACGAUUGUGGAGAACAUCAUCCGAUGCGCGGAGAGGAGACGGCGCUGUGUUUAUCCUCUCUGGCCACUUCGUCUGGAGCAAGUGGUGUCACUACGAGCUGUACUUUGCCAGCCACCAGCGGCUGUCCUGUGGGUCUGACAGUGUGAUCCUGGUGCUACUGGAGCCUCUGCCUCAGUACAUGAUCCCUUCCAAGUACUACCAGCUGAAGGCUAUGAUGGGCAGGCACACCUACCUGGAGUGGCCCCAGGACAAGCACUGGGCCAACCUCAAGGCUGCACUGCAGUGGUGGAGAAAUCAAGAAAGAACUGUUGUUUCCAACCAGUCAGGUUUAUUGGAGAAUUUAUAUAAACUAACAUCUAUUUUACUACAGCUUUAUGAAAAAGAAAAACAAUAAAACGUUGUCUAACAAUAUCAAGCUCACAUUUGUCAACUUUCCAACAAUCUCACAAUGAUUUGGAACCUCUUAUUUUUUUCCAUACACUUCACAAAAUGAUCCAAUUAGGCAAAGUCAACUAAAUGUAUCAAGAUAGCCAAUGAAAGACACUAGAUAGCAAAUACAACAGACACACUAGUCAUGACCAAUACCUGUUUAGUAUCCUCAGAAACAGUAUGCUCCCCAAGUACAGAACCUUCUCUGAAAGUACAUCCUCUGAAAGUACCCAUCUAAUUUUAAGGCAAGAAGUACAAAAAGUGCCCAAUAUUUUACCCUCAUGAAAAUAGCACCAUAAAUAAAUCCUUGAAAGAGAAAAACAAAGAAUCUGCCUCUUUCUAAUUAUGUGUGUUAUUUGGUCAGGGGUCAGGAGUUCAAUUGUCAGGUCUGAUGGAAGACGACGAUGGUCUUCUGGGCACACAAGCUGCAAGGAGGAGUGACCAGGCUUUUAUUGUGGACAUUAGACCCAUAAGCCUGGGCUCCUGGUCUCAACAGGUUCAAAUGUCAGAUGUCCGAGGUUUAAAGGUGAAGGGGUCAGAGGUUAGGUGUCAGAUCAGGGCAGGGACUGGAUGAUGAUGAUCUUCUCAUUGACACAGAAGCGGUGGAGGACAGUGUACAGGUUCUCCCCGCAGCGUGACACCUGUCUCUCCAUAGCCAGACGGAAGUCCUCCUUCACCCCCUUUGUGAUGCCACGCGUCACCGUGUGGUGCCUACAGGGCAGAGGAAGCCAGACAAUGAGAAAUAAACCAUUUCUAAAAUGUUCUUAGAAAAACACGUUAAUCAUUUUAUAAAUCAGACACUUGAUAAUGUUUCUUUUUCUCCAAACCUCUACAGUAACAGUUGAAAACACCAAUUUAUCAACGAUAAAACAUAAAAUGACACAACAUCAAGGAAACAACAUGUUUCCCCAAAUACAGUAUUCAUAGUUUUGAGAUGGAAUGAGAGUAUUGGGUAUCUACCAACCAGGCAAAAUUUAGACGGGGAAGAUUCAACAACAUCAAAAACAGUAACACAUAGUCAAACGUGAAUGUUCACAAAUGCAAUGACAACUACAGAUAUGAAAAAUAAAACCAAAAUUGACUUUAAAAACAUCAGUAACCACCACAUAAACGGAUGCAAUGGGUCAAACGCCUUCUCGAAAAUAAAACACGACAAGGACUCGAUGAAAACGACAGACCGAAAACCAAAAUGAGGUUUGGGGCAGAGGGAUGGAGAGAGUGUUUGGGGUAGGGGUGGUGGGCAGGGGUACCUGUCGGUUGUCUGCACCCCAGGUAGCAGCAGGGUGUUAAACUCCCCACCCAGGGCGGGACUAGGGUUCCUGAGGACAGUAAACACCAACAUUCAUCAACUCACGCUCCGGGUUAAAAGUUGCCCUUACGCACAAAUCUAGGAUCAGCUUACCCUCUAAAAAUCUUUACAUUUAACAUUAAGAGGAAGCAUGAAACUGAUCAUAGAUCAGUGUCUAGAGGCAACCUCAUUCUACUCCUCAACUCCCACUGAGAGUGGUUGCAUUCAAACACCCUAAACAACUUUCGAUUAAUAACGGUUUUUCGAUUUUAGAUAGACGGCGCUUUGUACCGCUAACCCUUUCUCAACAUAACACCUGACAGCUCAGCUGCUAUUCACUACAUGUAUGUGAGCAUGACUGUGUACGAUACGUAAGCAUCUGCCAGUGGGAGGGGCUUACUUGAUUAGCAUUCCCUGAUUGGGCAGUAGUUCCAGCUGGACCCGCCCCCCCGCCGUAGUACGCAGGUAUGCAAACUCCUCUAGCAUAUCAAUAUCUGACCGAGUUAAAGUCAAACAACAUAGAGAGAAUAAAAGCUACAAAGUUUCUGUAAUCCCCAGUUGUUCUCAUAUCUGCUCAACCAACUCAUUUUAGAUAUAAAACAUCCUACAUAUCAGCUAUACUGUAUGAUAAGGAUACUGGUGACGUAGUUGAAGAAGUUCUCAUACUGGAAGCUGCCCUGCUGACAGAUCUUAUCGAUGGCUUUCAGGAACAGAGACUCGCCCUGUGGCCAAUCGUGUUGCAGGAGCACCACCACAUGACCCAAGGACAGGUCGUCUCGGCUGUCCGUGAAGGCACGAAGCUGAUUGGAUGAAAAUGAAAAUAGAAGGUUAUUUGAGAUUAAGGGGAAUUAAAACCCGCAGACCCUUAUCAAAAUAGUUCUGUGUUUAGUGUUAUUUGUAAGGGCAGUGUUGAGGUACCUUGAAACAGGCGAACAUCAGCUGAAGACAGAAUGGCAGAAUGGCUUUACUAGUACAGGGCAGCAGCCUCAGAUCACUGCCUAGCAACAAAAAUACAAAAUACACCACAUUGUAAGCAUGGACAUAAAACAUAGACAUUUGAAGAUAUCUCACACACAGUGAACCUUACCUUUCCUGGGCUUGUUUCUGGCUUUGCCCGAGUCGUCAGUGUUCUUAACUGGAUCCUGGUUUUGGGGGACCAGCCCACCAACUACAUCAAGUAACUUUUCACACGCCAUCUGAUACAGAUGGAAACACAGAAACACAGUGACGCCAUCUCUCUCUGUAUGUAUGCAUGUUUCUGGAUGAGCUCUCAGUAUGUGCAUACCCACCCUGUACUCUCCCAGUGCGUAGUGGCAGGAGGCCUGCUGUAUAAGGGUCCUAUGGUGCUCCAGGUUACCCUGUCCUGGGGAGCUCUGUCCAGGCUGAGGCUGCUGAAACACAGACAUCUGGAGUAGGCUGGACAGGGCCUUACGGUAAUGGCCCUGGGGGAGAGGAGACACACACUCACAUUGAACACAAAUACAUGGACAUACACAGACAAACAAAACACUGAUAAACUCCUAACGAACAAUGAUCAUUAUUUAUGUUUACCUGGUAUAUGAUCAUAUCUGUGAGGAAUAUUCUGAACCAAAGCCAGUUGUCUGUCUUCCAUGAGGAACAGAUCUGGUUGAAUUCUGGAGAAUGGGUGUGAAAACAUUUAAUCAGAAUGAGAAACAUUUGCUUAGACAGGACACAAAUUUAGAGAGCACACAGGUAUGAGCUGGGGGAUGUAUUAGGAGGGCGUACCGGUCUCCAGGCUGUCGUGGGACAGGAGGUCCCAGCUCUCCCUGGCCAAACGGAAGCUCUCCAGAGUCUCUGCCCACCCGGGCAUCUCUGUUUUGUUGACCAUGAUGUUCCGGCCACGCCCCUUCCCCAGGCCCUCAUCGUCGUCUGAGCUCUGAAGAAACACGCCCAAAUACAUGCAUGAGCACAUACACACACACACACACACACACACCCUCCACAAUGGCUUCCCAUCUAUCCUCUCACCAUGGUCUUCUCGCGACCAUCGGCCAGUUUGCGUUUCUUGUGAGCGUGUUUCCCUGCUCCUCUCUCCAGUUCUACCUCACUGUACACUGAGCUCAGAUCCUCCAGCAGUAUCCACGACCCCGAGGCCAACGCAUUCACACCUGUAACACACACACACACACACAGAAAUGAAUACACAGACGCGACACACACAACCUCACUGUAAAUUGAGGAGAGCGCCUCAAACAGAAUCUCCACAAGAACAACGCUCAAAAUGGACAUAUUUACAGUCAUGUGAAUACAAAUACUUAUGAACACACACAGGGGGAGAGACUGACCCUGAAACAGAGCAGGCUGUACAGCUGAGACGUAGAGGUAGGCGCUGCGGAAGAGGACCAGCGAGGCACAGAUGACCACCUGACUGCAGCACCGUGACCUGGUCUCUCCCUCUAGACUGGGCAGGUAGCGACACAGCUCCUUAAUCCACUGCAGCAUCUCCACGUAGCCCCUACAAAACACACACACAUACACAGUGAUGAACAUACACACUUUAAUACCCAGCAGUAUCCUACAAAACACACACAUGCAUAGAAUACGUAUAGGCUAACCACUCACAAGUAAACACACACACACUCUUACUUCAAUUACACGCACAUAUUGGGAGAUCAUCUGUGCUCCUACCUCUGUCCCUUGUCCCCCUGCCACUCGCAACGGGCCCCCACCACUGCCAGGAUGUCCAGCAGUCUCUCCCAGGGCUCAGCCACCACCGACGACUUCUCUGACAGCCCCUCAAUCACAUAGCGCUGGGACCCCCGAGACACACUGGGAGACUUCAGACCACCACCCUCCUGAGAGCCUGAGAGAAGGUGAGUACAGAGCAAUGUCAUUGGACCGUGAAACACUUGGAAAUGGAAAGUGUAAGCAAAAGUGCAACAAAAAAAAGAGGGAGAAAUUGAGGGUAAACCAAAAAUCAUAAAACUAGCUGAUGGCAUGCAGGUCGUAGCAGUGUGGAGGUGGCACGCAAUGAGAAGGAAAGGAGAUCAAGUGCAGAUAUUAUAAAUAGUACUCAUCUACCGUUUAGGGCUUUGCCCUGCAACUGUCCGUCACCCGACGGGCCCCGCGUGACAUAACCGAUGUAGAACUCUGCUGCCUUCAGCAUGUACUUCAGCAGCAGACUGGCAGGCAUACGCAUGUCCACGUUGUUUAUGAUCAACGGGAGAACGUCACACACUGUGAGAGAGGAAGAAAAGUAACAUAGAAGGUAUUUAUACUUACUUUACAUUCCUCUGCUUUUGAGCUCCAAAUGUUCUAGGUUUUGAUAAUCUGAUUCAGAUAUUUCUCUCACCAAACAGCUUCCUGAAACAGUUGACAGGUGUCUCCAACUUUUCAGCCGUCUCCGCCUCCAAUAGGGACUCUCCCAGGUUGACCUAGAAUGCGAGUGCAAACAAUGCUACAGAUAAAUGAUUCUGUGUUAUUGACACGGUGGUGAAGGUCAGAGGUGAGAGGUUACGUACCCCGUGUUGGACUACAGACUCUGGGAAGCGCCUGAGCAGUAACAGGAGCAUCUCAGCCUUCUCCAGGGUGUUGAAGCACUGUUCUGUGGCCUUCAGCAGCACCUCACACUGCACUGGGCCGGGCAGGGUUUCAAACAGACCUACAGUAAACACACACACACAAUACAGUGUUAACACUUCUCACAUUUCACCCAAUCAGGGAAGAUCUCAGGUAGAUCUAACACACGCACACAAAGUCCUCACCUCGUAGGAACUGAGCCUGUUUGUCCUGACAGUCGCUCCGCAGGGCAGCUGUGAUGACAGUGAUCUCCCGCCACACAACAGGCUGAUCAGGGAAAUUGAUGAACCUGAAGGACCCAGCACACACAACAGCAGUUAGAUCAGUCAUCAACAGUACUGUGUGCCUGUGUGCAGAAAUAGAGAGAUAAGAAAUUUCACUCACAUGUCGUAUAGCAUUCUGCCCGCUGAAGCCGUCUUCUCUGCAUUUCUCUCAAUAGUGUACAUCUCAUGCUGUUAAGACAAGAUACCAAUGUGACGUUCCAUUCCAGCCUUCGUACCACAAAGCCAAUGACCAGACCUCGACAGACUAGUUUGACAACUACAUGUAUUCCAAAUGGCUCGUUAGUAGUAUUUAUUUGUCAAGCUAGCCAACUGCUAGCGUUUCAAUGUCAUUCACUAGACGCAGCUUACCUGAAUAUUGAAGUCCGUGGGAUAUAGGGUUCGAGCGGUUAUCAGCCAAGCCUUGGCUGCACACGGGUCCUCGGACACAAGAUCCCGAGCCCGUUUCACUAAAAACUCGCAGUCCUUUUGUGCUGACAUAUUUGCUCGUAUUAUUGAGGUCCGUGAGGUACAGGCUUCGUGCGGUUAUCAGACAUAAACAAACCCAAAUAUGAAUUUCGUAGUGUUGAAAUUGGGGCAUUUGUUUAUCGCUCCGCUCAAUGGCAACCUUUUGAUGACAUCACAACUUGCAGUCGCAGUUGUGAUGUCAUUGGGCUCGAGGGAUCGUCUUUCCAGGUAAAUGCUGCCACCUGGUGCAUGACGGAAUAUAGCGCACAUAAAAUGUAGUUCGGAUCUUGAGAAAAACGUGUCAACACAAAAUAAAUCGUCAUAACAAGGCUUUAUUCUAGUCAUGGAGUUUACCCUCAAAAUAUAAUCCAUUUGAGAUGCAAAUGUUAUUUUGUCAAAUACACAUUGUAAACCUGUUUCAAGAGAGCCAACUUGAAUAGUUUGAAACAUUGCUUGAAACCUUCAGCCAAAAACUGUAGUGGAAAUGAAUGUACAGUAUUUGUAAAUUUGCGCAGGCGCCGUGGUCGUUUCUGCAUCUCAAUUGGUUUUCCUUCCUGCCUGUGUCACCAGCUUCCCAUCUGCGAUCGACACAGCAGACUGUACGACCUAAAAUAAGAUAAUUUUCUGUGGUAAAAUUACGCUUUCUUCGUGGCAAGGUUAAAGGCAACGGCUGGAUUUAACGCGGCAAGUAAAGUUGGAUACAAGGACCUAGUUUUGAAAUAUUCUAUUAUGUACUUUUUUUAUUUUUUACGAUUAACACGACAGCUUGUGUGGGCAGCUUGUGUGGUCAAAAAACAAUUGAAGUUGUCCGCUUUGACACAGCAGUGCAACAUGCUAGCUAACGUUAACUAGCUCGCUAGCACAAGGCCAAAGGCCUGCAAACUGUAACUAACUAGUUAGCUAGCUUGCUGAGUCAAAAAGCUGUUAAAAACAAUAGCUUGAUAAUGAACUCUUGACUGUCAAGAUUAGCCAUGUCACUGGCUAGUAAAGGGCCCUCAAAUUGAUGUUAGCUAACUAGCUUGUUAGUUUAGUGACACCCCUUUCACCUGGUCAUUAGUAGUUAACUCAACCACAAAGUCAUAAUUAUGGCUAAACUCUGCCCAUUUCUACAAUUUCUCUAAUUAACAUUUAAUUUGAAAGCUAACCCUAACCACAUGCCUAACCAUAACUUUAAAUCAGGACCAAAAAGCAAAUUUUUAUAGCUAAUUUUAACUGUGGCUAUGUAUUCUGACUUAGUACCUGUGUUAUCUAGUCUAGUGGAAACCCUUUAACCUCCAAUUAGUAAAACAUUUUUUACACCGGUCUAAACAGGAAGACAAAUUUAGCAGACAGUACUGUCCUGUGCUUUGGAGAUCGUAAACGAACUAAUUCAGAAUAAUCUAGAUUGGAUUGUGCAAGUGUGUAAUCUUUGGAGAUAAUACAUUAUGAUAGAUUAAAACUCAGACUUGAUCAUGUCUUUCUUGACCAUUUCUCCAUUGAACAAGGCAACUUUGUGUGCAUCAUUUGGAAGGUGCGUAACAUAGCAUACCCAUGAUUCAUGACAGCGUUAGUAAGCAAAUGGGGAGUUCCUAGAAGGCAUUGCCGUAGAUCCUUUAGCAGGAGUACAAUGAUCAGACCUGUUUUUGAUAUGGUCUCUGGAUCAGACUAGGCAACCAGGUUAAUCUGUUCAAGGUGACUCAGCUGAAUUCAAGUGUUAAUGGUUUGCGUUUGGCAGAAUGCAAACCGAUCUGCUUUCACAGCUUGACCUCUAAUGGCCCUUCAGUGACAGUUAUACCACCCUCUGACCUACACUACAUGACCAAAAGUAUGUGGACACCUACUCAUCGAACAUCUCAUUCCUAAAUCAUAUGCAUUCAUAUGAAGUUGGUCCCCCCCUUUUCUGCUAUAACAGCCUUCACGACUUCUGUAAGUUGCUUUGGAUAAAAGCGUCUGCUAAAUGGCUUAUUAUUAUUAUUAUUAUUAUUAUUAUUAUUCUGGGAAGGCUUUCCACUAGAUGUUGGAACAUUGCUGUGGGUACUUGCUAACAUUCAGCCACAAGAGCAUUAGUGAGGUCGGGCACUGAUGUUGGGCGAUUAGGCCUGGCUCACUGUCGGCGUUCCAAUUAAUCCCAAAGUGCUUCCACACCGAUCUUGACAAACCAUUUCUAUAUGAAACUCGCUUUGUGCACUGGGGGCAUUGUCAUGCUGAAACAGGAAAGGGCCUUCUCCAAACUCCACAAAGUUGGAAGGACAGAAUUGUCUAGAAUGUCAUUGUAUGCUGUAGCGUUAAGAUUUCUCUUCAUUGGAACUAAGGGGCCUAGCCCAAACCAUGAAAAACAGCCCCAGACCAUUAUUCCUCCUCCACCAAACUUUACAGUUGGCACUAUGCAUUGGGGCAGGUAGCGUUCUCCUGGCAUCCACAAAACCCAAAUUCGUCUGUCGGACUGUCAGAUAGUGAAGCGUGAUUCAUCGCACCAGAGAACGCAUUUCCACUGCUCCAGAGUCCAAUGGCGGCGAGCUUUACGCCACUCCAGCCGACGCUUGUCAUUGCACAUGGUGAUCUUAUGCUUGUGUGCGGCUGCUCGGCCAUGGAAACCCAUUUCAUGACGCUCCCGAUUAACAGUUAAUGUGCUGACAUUGCUUCCAGAGGCAGUUUGGAACUCGGUAGUGAGUGUUGCAACCGAGGACAGACUUUUAGCACUCGGCGGUCCCGUUCUGUGAGCUUGUGUUGGUGUACCACUUUGCUGCUGAGCCGUUGUUGCUCCUAGAUGUUUCCACUUUACAAUAACAGCACUUACAGUUGACCGGGGCAGCUCUAGCAGGGCAGAAAUAGGACGAACUGACUUGUUGGAAAGGUGGCAUCCUAUGACGGUGCCAUGUUGAAAGUCACUGAGCUCUUCAGUAAGGCCAUUCUAUUGCCAAUGAUUGUCUAUGGAGAUUGCGUGGCUGUGUGCUCGAUUUUAUACACCUGUCAGCAACGGGUGUGGCUGAAAUAGCCGACUCCACUAAUUUGAAGCGGUGUCCACAUACUUUUGUAUAUACAGUGCCUUGCAAAAGUAUUCAUCCCCCUUGGCGUUUUUCCUAUUUUGUUGCAUUACAACCUGUAAUUUAAAUUGAUUUUUAUUUGGAUUUCAUGUAAUGGACAUACACAAAAUAUUCCAAAUUGGUGAAGUGAAAUUAAAAAAAAUUACUUGUUUAAAAGAAUUCUAACAAAUAAAUAAUGGAAAAGUGGUGCGUGCAUAUGUGUUCACCCCAUUUGCUAUGAAGCCUCUUAAUAAGAUCUGGUGCAACCAAUUACCUUCAGAAGUCACAUAAUUAGUUAAAUAAAGUCCACCUGUGUGUCUAAGUGUCACAUGAUCUAUCACAUGAUCUCAGUAUAUAUACACACCUGUUCUGAAAGGCCCCAGAGUCUGCAACACCACUAAGCAAGGGGCGGCACCAUGAAGACCAAGGAGCUCUCCAAACAGGUCAGGGACAAAGUUUUGGAGAAGUAAAGAUCAGGGUUGGGUUAUAAAAAAAUAUCAGGAACUUUGAACAUCCCACGGAGCACCAUUAAAUCCAUUAUUAAAAAAUGGAAAGAAUAUGGCACCACAACAAACCUGCCAAGAGAGGGCCGCCCACCAAAACUCACAGACCAGGCAAGGAGGGCAUUUAAUCAGAGGCAACAAAGAGACCAAAGAUAACCCUGAAGGAGCUGCAAAACUCCAUAGCGGAGAUUGGGGUAUCUGUCCAUAGGACCACUUUAAGCCGUACACUCCACAGAGCUGGGCUUUACAGAAGAGUGGCCAGAAAAAAGCCAUUGCUUAAAGAAAAAAAUAAGCAAACAUGUUUGGUGUUCGCCAAAAGGCAUGUGGGAGACUCCCCAAACAUAUGGAAGAAGUACUCUGGUCAGAUGAGACAAAAAUUGAGCUUUUUGGCCAUCAAGGAAAACGCUAUGUCUGGCGCAAAUCCAAAACCUCUCAUCACCCCGAGAACACCAUCCCCACAGUGAAGCAUGGUGGUGGCACCAUCAUGCUGUGGGGAUGUUUUUAAUCGGCAGGGACUGGGAAACUGGUCAGAAUUGAAGGAAUGAUGGAUGGCGCUAAAUACAGGGAAAUUCUUGAGGGAAACCUGUUUCAGUCUUCCAGAGAUUUGAGACUGGGACGGAGGUUCACCUUCCAGCAGCAUAAUGACCCUAAGCAUAGUGCUGAAGCAAAACUGAAGUGGUUUAAGUGGAAACAUUUAAAUGUCUUGAAAUGGCCAAGUCAAAGCCCAGACCUCAAUCCAAUUGAGAAUCUGUGGUAUGACUUAAAGAUUGCUGUACACCAGCGGAACCCAUCCAACUUGAAGGAGCUGGAGCAGUUUUGCCUUGAAGAAUGGGCAAAAAUCCCAGUGGCUAGAUGUGCCAAGCUUAUAGAGACAUACCCCAAGAUACUUGCAGCUGUAAUUGCUGCAAAAGGUGGCUCUACAAAGUAUUGACUUUGGGGGGGUGAAUAGUUAUGCACGCUCAAGUUUUCUGUUUUUCUGUCUUAUUUCUUGUUUGUUUCACAAUAAAACAUAUUUUGCAUCUUCAAAGUGGUAGGCAUGUUGUGUAAAUCAAAUGAUACAAACCCCCCAAAAAUCAAUUUUAAUUCCAGGUUGUAAUGCAACAAAAUAGGAAAAAUGCCAAGGGGGGUGAAUACUUUCGCAAGCUACUGUAUAGUGUGUAUUUAGAGCGUGCUCUGUGUGUAGGACCUUUGUUUUAAAGUGUUUUCCAGACAACUAGGCUGCAUAACAUCUAGGCAGAUAUAUUAAUAAAUGAUUUAUAUAUAUGUCAUUGAUUUUAAUUCCCCUUCUGAUUCACAAAUAGCGCCUUUGUCUAAGAGCCCUUGUACAUUAGACCCAAGUGUUAUGCAAUAAUUCUUAUCACUGAGGUGGUAACGGCGGCAAACAGUGAAAGAGUUUCAAAAGAGGCAGCAGCACGUAACUGGAUUGUGUUAGUUCGUGGUGCACUGGACUGCAUUACCAAAACUGCUUACACAAGAUCCUUCUUAAAUUGCCAACCUGGUCACUGUUUUAUAGAAUAUUAGUAUAAAAACUAGAGUCCUACCCAGGGGAGAAUAACUGCCCCCUCUCAUUGAAGCCACAGAAGUUUACGGCCGACCACGGUACUGCAGGCAUUGUUAGCAUAAAAUGGACUCCCCCCAUUAUAGUGAAUGAAAAAUGCCAAUAUUUGUGUUAAUAAUUGUUUGUUUUUUGAAAACCGUCAUGGUAUCAAUAAUUGCUUCUAAUACACCAGAUGUAUGUCCUUGAACCGAUCAUUUUUCAAUCGCACACAGAAGUUAUAAUUUAAUUGCUAAUGGCAGCCUGCCGUAUCCCGGGUGGCCUUCAACUUGAGUUACUCAAUGAGAGGGGGCAGCACUGAGCUAGCCUGCAACGUCACUUCCUGGAGUAGCUCAAACUGUGCAUGUUAUGUUUCCAUGAGAUGCAAUUUGGCUUCAAUGCGAAAAUUGAGUUUUCACAUUGGAAUGAAUGGUGUCAAGUGAUCAAUGGCUUUGUCCAUUCAUAUAUACAUUAAUUGGUCCUACCGCAGUGCAGAAAACCUGAUGCCUUCUGGAUACAAGCCUCAUUGUCACACAAUCCUUCUCCACUAUGCAUGAGGGAGUUUUUGCAGACUGGUUGACCAUCCAUUUGUUACAAUGUUGUUAUAGCCAUGGCAUGUUUUGCUGAGAGGAAGAGGAAGCACACUGUUUCAGCAUCAAUAGAUAAUAUUGCAUUUUAACUACUGUCAAUUUAAUUAAGUUUGUAUUCCCUCGCACAGGUUGAAAAUCAUCCAAGAGGUAAUCUCCCCAGCGGUGAUGUUUGUGGCGUAGGCCCAGGCUGUGUCUCAUCUCCCAUGGCUGUUACCACCAUGGACCCAGAGUCAGCCCGCACAUCACAGCCCCAUGGCUCCCUGGUUAAAGGAGGGGGCUCCCUGCUAUCUGGCAGGGAUUUGGGGGCAGCUCUCACCUCUCGAGGAAAGCACUAUGCGUGUGGUUCCAUAGCUGCCUUCACCAACAUCAUGGUGACCUUCCCCAUCCAGAAAGUUCUGUUCAGGCAGCAGCUGCACGGUGUGCGGGCCAGAGAGGCCGUCAAACAGCUCCAACGGGACGGGAUGAGGAACCUCUACAGGGGGCUGCUCCCUCCUCUCCUCCAGAAGACCACCACGGUAGCAAUCAUGUUUGGCCUGUACGAGGACUUCUCCGAUGUCUUACUGGACCAGGUGUCCACAGGCAGCGGCAUUCCCGAGCUAGUGACGCGGAGCUUCGCAGCUGCGCUGGCGGGCACGGCAGAGGCUGCCCUGAUGCCGUUUGAGCGGGUGCAGACUCUCCUCCAGGACCACCGGCACCACGACCGCUUCCACAACACGGCCCACACCUUCCGGACGCUCCUAAGCGAGUACGGUGUGAAGGAGUGCUACCGCGGCCUGGUGCCGGUCUUAAUAAGAAACGGGCCCAGUAACAUGCUGUUCUUCGGGCUCCGCGGGCCCAUCAAGGAGCAGCUCCCUGAGGCCUCCAGCCGGGCUGGCCACCUGGUCAAUGACUUUGUGUGUGGAGGGGUGCUGGGGGCGGCACUGGGGAUCAUGUUCUACCCACUGAAUGUGGUCAAGUCGCGGGCCCAGUCCCAGGUUGGGGGCGCAUUCCGGCCUUGUGGGGAGGUGUUAAUGACGGUGUGGCGGGAGAGGGGCGGCAGCGUGGCCAUGCUGUUCAGAGGGGCACACCUCAACUACCACCGCUCCCUUCUCUCCUGGGGCAUCAUCAACGCCACAUACGAGCUGCUGCUCAAAAUGUUCUGA